CCUAGUCCUCUGUAGUUUGUCCCCCAAUCCCGAAAUUUUCAACCCCUCCUCCUCUCUCUCCCUCUCUCCCUCUUUCGUCAAGUCGCCAUCUCACAGCCUCCCGCUCUCCGUCGACACCGUCUCGCUUUCCUUCGACGCUGUCUUUCCCACUCUAUACUUUUUGUGUCCAUCCGUCGCCAAGUUGUAAUCAGGGAUCCCCUUGUAUGUAAAGAAGGAAAUUUCGGCAACCUCCAAGUUCUGUUGCUGUCAGAGCCCGCUAUAAUAUAAAGAGCAAAGAAAUCUAUAACGAAUGGCGGAUCAAGGAGACUUGGAAGGGAGCCAACCCAUAGAUCUCAAGAAGCAUCCUUCUGGGAUCGUCCCUACCCUUCAGAACAUUGUGUCAACAGUCAAUUUGGACUGCAAGUUAGAACUUAAGUUGAUUGCAUUACAAGCUCGUAAUGCUGAAUACAAUCCUAAGCGGUUUGCUGCCGUAAUUAUGAGGAUAAGGGAACCAAAAACAACAGCGUUAAUUUUUGCUUCUGGAAAGAUGGUUUGUACUGGAGCUAAGAGUGAACAACAGUCAAAGUUGGCAGCACGGAAGUAUGCUCGAAUUAUUCAGAAGCUUGGUUUUCCAGCUAAGUUCAAGGAUUUCAAGAUUCAGAACAUAGUUGGUUCUUGUGAUGUUAAAUUCCCAAUAAGGCUUGAAGGACUUGCUUAUUCCCAUGGUGCCUUCUCAAGUUAUGAACCAGAGCUAUUCCCAGGUUUGAUCUAUAGGAUGAAACAACCAAAGAUUGUGCUGCUGAUCUUCGUGUCGGGAAAAAUUGUUUUAACAGGAGCUAAGGUGAGAGAAGAGACAUAUACAGCUUUUGAGAAUAUUUACCCAGUUCUUACAGAGUUCAGGAAAAACCAGCAAUGGAAGAGCCAAGAAGUAUAUUUGGAAUAUUUAGACUUGUAGCCGUAGGGGUUGACAUGGGUUGUAGUUACACUGGUUUUUCUGUUCACAAAAACUUCUGGGCAAUCAAAUGGAGCACCGUGGAUUGCAAGAUAGUUUUGGUCAUAUUUUGUAGGAGAAGGCAGAUUGUGUUGCAGAGAAGUUUCUAAGGUGGAAUACCCUAUCAAUGUAGCCGCUAAUGAGCCUGGAUUGAAUUGUAAAUAUUGUUCUCUGGCGGUUAAGUUAAAAGAUAUGUGCAGUACUUGCAAUGUUAACGUGAAAAAUCAAAUGAGAUUCCGUUAAUGCAGAGUGAAUGUUUUGGCCAUUGUUAUUUUGCUAAUAAUAAAAUGCCAGCAGUUUUGGUCCUUA